UUAGAAAAAGUGCUGGGAAUCACUGUCUCUGGAGGCAGAGGAUUGGCCUGUGAUCCUAAGAAUGGUCUCAUUGCUUAUCCAGCUGGGUGUGUUGUUGUGCUGUUUAACCCCAGGAAAAACAAGCAGCAUCAUAUUCUAAACAGCUCCAGGAAGACUAUUACGGCCCUUGCUUUUUCUCCUGAUGGAAAAUACCUGGUUACUGGAGAGAGCGGGCAUAUGCCUGCAGUCCGUAUAUGGGAUGUUGCUGAGCGGACCCAGAUGGCUGAACUUCAGGAGCAUAAGUAUGGAGUGGCAUGUGUGGCCUUCUCACCAAGCUCCAAGUACAUUGUCUCAGUGGGUUAUCAGCAUGACAUGAUAGUCAAUGUUUGGUCAUGGAAGAAAAACAUUGUUGUGGCAGCCAAUAAAGUCUCAAGCAAAGUGACAGCAGUUUCAUUCUCUGAGGAUUGCAGCUAUUUUGUUACAGCUGGAAACCGGCACAUCAAAUUUUGGUACCUGGCUGAUAGCAAAACCUCUAAGGUGAAUGCUACGGUCCCCUUGCUUGGGCGUUCUGGUUUGCUUGGAGAAUUGAGGAACAACUUUUUUACAGAUGUGGCAUGCGGCAGAGGUAAAAAAGCAGACAGCACUUUUUGUAUCACUUCCUCUGGUCUGCUGUGUGAAUUCAAUGACAAGAGGCUCCUAGACAAGUGGGUGGAAUUGAGGACUACUGUGGCAAACUGCAUCUCCCUGAACCACGAUUACAUCUUCUGUGGCUGUGCUGAUGGUACUGUUCGGAUUUUUAAUCCUUCAAAUCUUCACUUUGUGACCACACUCCCUAAACCGCACUUCCUAGGGACGGAUAUCGCCAGCAUUACAGAAGCCAGUCGGCUUUUCUCUAAUGUGACCGAUGCCAAGUAUCCAGACACCAUUGCCUUAACCUUUGAUCCAAAUAACCAGUGGCUGUCUUGUGUUUACAAUGAUCACAGCUUGUAUGUGUGGGAUGUCAAAGACCCCAAGAAAGUGGGCAAGGUUUAUUCUGCGUUAUACCACUCCUCCUGUGUCUGGAACAUUGAGGUGUACCCUGAGGUAAAGGAUAGCAAUCAGUCUUGCUUGCCCCCAAACACCUUCAUCACUUGCUCCUCAGAUAACACCAUCCGCCUGUGGAACACUGAGAGCUCAAACAUCCAUGGGGCCUCCUUGCAUCGAAACAUCCUGAGCAAUGAUUUGAUGAAAAUCAUCUAUGUAGAUGAAAACACUCAGGCCCUCUUGGACACAGAAUACAAUACAGCUGGGGGUGUAGAGAAGGCUGACACACAGGCCAUAGAUACAAAAGUGGGGAUUCGGACAGUGUGUGUGAGCCCUACUGGGGAGCACCUGGCCUCAGGUGAUAGGAUAGGCACUCUCAGGAUCUAUGAAUUGAAGCCCCUAAGAGAGAUGCUGAAGGUAGAAGCCCAUGAUUCAGAAAUCCUCUGCCUUGAAUAUUCUAGACCAGAGACAGGAUUGAAGCUUCUAGCAUCCGCAAGUCGGGAUAGAUUGAUUCAUGUCUUGGAUGCAGAGAAGGACUAUAAUCUACAACAAACCCUGGAUGAACAUUCAUCUUCCAUAACUGCAGUGAAAUUUGCAGCCAACGAUGGGAAGGUGAGAAUGAUCAGCUGUGGUGCUGAUAAGAGCAUCUAUUUCCGCACUGCGCAGAAGACAAAUGAUGGGGUCCACUUUACUCGUACACAUCAUGUUGUUAGGAAGACUACUCUUUAUGAUAUGGAUGUGGACCCCAACUGGAAAUAUGCUGCUAUUGGAUGCCAAGACCGUAACAUCAGGAUUUUCAACAUCAGCAGUGGGAAGCAAAAGAAACUAUACAAGGGAUCUCAAAGUGAAGAUGGCACUCUAAUUAAAGUACAAAUGGAUCCUUCUGGUCUGUACAUUGCAACCAGUUGUUCUGACAAGAACCUUUCUAUCUUUGAUUUCUAUUCAGGCGAAUGUGUAGCCACAAUGUAUGGGCACUCAGAGAUCGUAACUGGGAUGAUGUUCACUAAUGACUGUAAACACUUGAUUUCAGUCUCUGGUGACAGCUGCAUUUUCAUUUGGCGUCUGAGUUCUGAGAUGACCAUCAAUAUGCGUCAGCGGUUGGCUGAUGUGAAGCAAAGGGGAAAACAAGCAGAAAAAAUUCAACCAGGCAAAACAGCUGGUCUUACCAGGCAUGAAUCAGUCUCCGCCCUCUCAUCUGCACCAGUGCUUUCAUCAGACAGCGAUAAGGAUGGUGAAGACGAAGGAAAUGAUGAGGAUGAGUUACAUGGGCUACAGUCUUUCCAAAUGACAACCAAUGUCAAUCUUGAAAGUUGUUCAGAUCUUUCUCUUUCAAGAAGCUUAUCUCAUUGGGAAAUGAGACGGGCAAAAGAAAUGGCAAUGAGCCAGGCUUCAGAAAACACCAUGAGCAAGAUGCCUCGGCAGCGAAGCCGAUGGAGCCAGCCAACGAGCAGCUUAGAGAUGACGGUUAAAUCUAUGCUUGAUCUACGUCAACUGGAGUCUUUCUCAGUCUCUCGUUCUGCUAGUCAAGAUUCUCUUUCCCAGGCCAGCAAUGGAGAUGACCAUAAAGAAUCCAUCAAUGUCUCAAAUUAUGCCAAGAAAGAAGGAGCCUCCACAGCUCUUGAAGAAAAUCAGCCUUGCCUUCGACCUCAAGUGAUUAGACUUGUGUCCUGUGAAGGAGGGAUUUUCCCACAGGAAAUGGAACCUUCAGAGAGUGAAGAAUGUGUCAUCUACCCAGAACAAGAUGAUCUUCCUCCUGCUGAUAUCAGCAGUGAUUUCCAAGUAAAAGCGCUUCCGCAUGGAAAACUUGGUAGAGGCUACAAUAGCAACGAGGGCCCAGAUAAGCACAGUCCUGACAGUGCUUGUUCUAUGGAUUAUAGCAGCAGUCGACUAUCAAGUCCAAAUGAAGAUUCUGAAAGUACAGAGCCUCUCAGUGUGGAUGGCACUUCAGACUUGGAUGAGCAAGUGGGUGAAGAAGAUGAGGAAGAUGUAAACACUGGAUUAUUGGAUGGAGAUGUUCCCACGACUCCCGAUCAAGAAAAGUUCCUCAAGCAGCAUUUUGAGACUCUAGCCAGUAACACUGAUAAGGCUGGAUCAUGUAGGACCCUGGAGAGAAUGGAAAACAGUAUUUCUUCUCGGUUUCUAUCUCGGUUUCCAGUACUCAGGGAACCCUCAUUUUCUGCAUCAAAGCUGUUACUGGAUAAGAAAUCUACUGAAGGGUCUGCUUUGCCAAAGCAACUUACCAAUGAACUGCUGAAAAAUGGGCUUGACCAUCAGCACAUGCUCACAGAGAAUGGGUUCUUUCAAAACGAUGUUAAUUCCAUUAGGUCACUUUAUAUGCAGAAAAAAAGGAAGCCUGCUGUAGAGAUCAACAGAGGACGUGGAAGAUCUGUAGGGUCUUUCCCAGAUAGUGAUGGAGCGGUGAUGCUGCGGAAAUCCCAAUCAGUUCACGAUCUUGUUCAUAAUGAUAAAAUUCCUGGUGUGAUGCUGUCUGUCAGGCAGAGGCCUCAGGCACUAAUGGUAGGUGAGAAGGAGCCAAAAUCCAACCAUUGUCAGACAUUUUCUGCAACACUAUUGAAGAUGGAGAAUUCCAGCUUUUUGCAAGCCAAAGACAUUAAAACUGCAAAACCAAAGUCCUAUAUGAGUCCUACCACAAGUUUCAUGGCCAAGAUGUCCCGUAGCGUGUCCAUGGGAGAGAAUCUGUGCUUUGGUGAUAGUUCAGAAAACCAGAAUGAAGUGAAAAUCAGCCCACAAGUAUCAGAGAAGACAGGAUUAAAUCUGUUAGAGGACCUUGAGAAGAAUAAGCCAUUUGUGAAAGACAACAGCUCAGUGAAACCUUCUCUUCAGCAAACUGCAAGCUCUUCGUCACCCCAGUCCUUUCAGAGCAAGUUGGCAUCUAGUCGAGCCCAUUUGACCCUUGACAUCCCCAAGCCUCUACCUGAUAGACCAAUAUUAGCUUCUUUCUCACCAAAGACAAAGUCAAAAACUGUGCUAGGAUCAGAAUCUCCUCAAUCACCUGGUGCUAUUGGGAAAAAGAAGCAGUCUUUUCCUGAAGGCUGGGCUUUGAAAUCGGAAAGCCAAGCCUCUGAACCUCUUGGCCUUGGUAAAAGUAGUCUUUUGAGUCCCUGUGCAGACGCUCUGAAAGAGAACCAAACACAACUGAGGUCCAAAGCUCAAGUUGAGCCAAGAGUAACUAAUUCCAAGCGAAAAGAGCCUUCAGAUGAACUGCAUCUGGUUUCGCCAGAAAAACUGCCACUGGAAUGCAGGGACAAAGUUGUCACUGCUAGUUAUUUGCCAGCUAACAAUGAGCAUUGCUCUUAUGAACAAAGUGGGCCAAGGUCACCUACAAAUGCAAAAUGCCUUGGAAAGGAUUCAGGUUCUUCAAUCAGUGUUGAGCAAUGCAAGCAUGUAGUGUCUGAGCUCCAGGACAGUAUGCGUAAGGCCAUCCAGAUAUAUCACCUGGUAUCUACUGAUAUGGAAUCUUCGCCUGAUAAAGAUAAGAUUUCAGGUCUCUUGACUGAAACUUUCUCUGUGAUGAAAAAAGAAUUGGAUUCCCUGAAAGAUGGCAAUGGACUUCAAAGGAAGAAAGAUCAACUUGUGCAACCACAAAAUAUAGUUGGAAUGUCAUUACGGGAGGGCAAUGGUGAAACUUUAUCUAGUCCUCUGCACUUUGGUGAUGACCAAACUCUUGCCUUGUUGGAACAAUACUCAGAGUUACUGCUACAAGCUGUUGAACGACGUAUGGAUAAAAAACUUUAAUUAUGGUUUUCAACAACAAACACUUUUAAUGGAAUGCUGAGAAUCAUAAACAAAAACUGAUGGAACGUUAUCAUAUUGACAACUUGAAAUAACACUUUGGGGUGUUUGUUUUUAAUCCAAUGGGCAAAUAUCUUUUAACAGAAACAGUUCUGUCCACAACUUUUUAAAAUGUGCUGGUCACAGUACUAAUCCCCUUGUGCCUAUCUCCUCCACUAAGAGUGUUAUAAGAAAUAUUUGGCUUAAAACCAAUCCAGCGAUUAAAGAGAAUUUGUCAAUGGUCCAGGGGUGGCCCAGCCUGAAACUGUUGACUUAAUAGAAUGAGAUCAAGCUGAAAUAGCUUUGUCCCUCUGCAGUGUUAUCUGAGACAUAGGCAUAGACUAUUAAAACUUUUAUUUAUUAAUUUAUUUUUACGACUAUAAUUCUGAAACUUUUACCUAGGUUUUGUCAUUAUGAUUAUUUUGACAUCUUUUCCACAUUUAUAGUGACAGAGAUUUGAUAUAGUAAACAUAUUGAUGGAAAAGUAGGUAGGUUAUAGAACUGCUUUCUACUGUAGCCUGCAUUAUUGAAUUUUGCUUCCUUAUUCCUUUUUAUUAUGCCAAUAUGUUUGAUUUUAAUUUUGUAUUUAGCAUUAUGAACAUUCUGCUUCUGUUUUCUGUGUAAAGAAAAUCCUGUGCUCUAUUUUUCAUCAACAUUUGUUUCCACAAAACACCUAUCCUUUGGUUCAACAUCCAGAGAUUUGCUACAAAGCUUGUUGGUUAAAAGAAAGGCUUUUUAACUAGUUCUACUUUUCUCAGGUUUUAUGUAAAACCGGAUCCAUCAGAGUCAAAUUGAUACAGUUGAAUAACUAUUCACUUAAAAAAAUUCUUACUGCUGUGUUAUGACAGUGGUGUCCAAGUGUAAGUGUUCAGGAAAUACGGAUUGCUAUGACAUUACUAUUCUAUUUCCUUUCCUCCCUCACACUGGAACAUAACUAAAACUGCAUGAAAUAUUACUGUGUUCUACAUUAUGCCAUACUUCUCCAAUUUUGUAUCAAUUAGUACGUUGCCCUUGUUCAAAUAAAGAAGGAAAGUAAGUGCAGAUCUACAUCCUUUCAGCUUUGGUACCCUUUGUAUUGAAUUAUUAAUCCUAACAUGUUUGAAGUAUUCACUGAUAAAAAAGAAACCUUUUUAAAACAAUGAAGUUAUAAAACUCUAAUACUACUCUCUCAGGUUAGAGAAUAGCUGUGUUUCUUACUGGUGAGCUGACCAUUUUAAUAAAUGGCUUCAAUGUUGUAGCCUAGCCUCCCUAUUCUGCCUCCUAGAUUGGUUUGACGUUAAAACAACUUUGUUGAGAAUUCCUAGCCAGUGUGGCCCAAAUUAAAAUUCUGAAGAUUUGCACUCACAGUCAAUCUAGAGGGCGCCAGGGUGGAAUAGGCUGAUUUAGAUAUUCCUGAGUGGCAUUUCUACUUGCAUUUUGUAAACUGUCAUGUGGACAUCUGUCUUCACUGCUCCAGAUAGUGGUAUAGCCACCUGUGGUAUAGCUUUUUGUCUGAAUCUCAUUGGCUUUCAUCCAGCACCACUGCAGUGUUAAGGAAAUCUGCAGACCUGUUCCCAUUUUGGCUGUCCAUUGAACUCCAAGGCUGGAGACUUGGAGCAGUUAGUACCAUUUAAUUAUGUCAUUUCUGGAUUUGUAUAGAUAAUUCUCUGAAUAGAUUUGAAUGAUAGUUGACACACUUCUUAAAAUUGAGCUUUUUCCUUCCAGCUAUACAGUAGAUGCUUGAAUUCAGAGUUACAAGAAAAGGAAUCUUAUUUCUAAGGAUAGACUGCUGGAAUAUACUCUUACAUGAAAAUUAAGAUGGCUUUUUUCUACAUGUCCAUGUUGGGAAAUGUCUUAAUAGCCAAAAUAUCUUCUUCCUGUUCAUAUCUAGACUGUAAAAAGUGUUCAAUGCUCAGGAAUCUUUCCUAUGCUGGAACACAUGCACUCAGGUAAAGAAGUCAUGCUUCCAGAAUAUCCUGUGGCAUGAACAAGGAGAAAUUCAGAAUGUCUAUUCAACCAUUACAGGGUCAAACUUUCAAAUGUCUUUGGAAAUAAAACCAACUUGCUGAUAAUUUAUACCUCAAGCAUUAACAAGUACUGAUUAAUCAGGGACUGCCUUGGAUAAGAGGCAACAUCAAACCCCCUGUUAAUUUCAAAGCAGUUUCCAGUGACUAAGUUUCAUUGUGUUAUUCUUCAAUCAGGAACUAUUUAUUUUCAUAGACCCAGGUAGGAAAAUACUGUAACACAGAUGGGGACUUGGAUGUGAACUAGAACUGUAGUUGUGUGUGUCUUGAGUAAGUAGAUAUUUAAGGAGGAAUGGAUAGGCCUGUAAUUUCUGAUAUUUUGUUUAAAGGCAUACUGAAGGCUUCUAGAAAAGGUAUAGGACUGAGAAUCAGUUGAUUCAAGGAGUAAAAUAGAAUGAAAAAGUUCUGGAAUGGAAAAGAGACAUUGUAAGUGUAGAGUUAGCAGUUAAAUAAUAAUGUAAAUGAGUUUGUAAUUAAAAAUUGGGAUAUGUUUGUCUUUUGAAGUGCCCUUUAUUUUCCCACUAAUAUGUAUGAUUUGGGUAUUGGGAAUGAAUAUUCUCAGCCAAUAAAAUUUCUCAAAGCCAUUUGAGUUCCAUAAGAUUCUGACCUCCUUUAUUUUCUCUAUGCGGUCAGGAAGAAUACAUAUUCUCCAUGGAAAAUACUUGAUGUAAAAUACACUUUUUAGUCAUUGGUGGCACCUUAUAGUAAUUCAAAUAUAAACUUUGGAGCGUUGCUUUUUUACAAGUUAGAAGAUUUUGUGACAGUAAAAUGUCAGCUAGCAUACUUUUUGUUUUCAACUGCAUGCAGCUUUUCUGGUGUUAUUAUGGAUGUCCAUUAGCCCUUUAAGGAAACUUUGACAUGUUGUCCAGGGAGAGGAAAAAUACAAAUGCCGUACUUCAAUCUAUUCUAUUUCUACUGUUUUUAAUGUAUGCAUGCAAUU